AUGAAAAAUUUGUUUGUUCUUGUUUCUCGCUCUCUCCGUUUAAACCUUAUAUCCAGAUCACCGUUGCAUCUUCAAUACCGUAAACCAUUGUCGUCCGCGUCGGUUUCUACAAAGGAACUGAAAUGGAACUCGACAACCAACGUUGUCAUCACAAACCCAACCCUCGUUGUCAUGGAAUCGUGUUCCACCAUGCGGCAACUGAGGCAGAUUCAAGCACGCAUGACCCGCAUCGGUCUCAUUGCCCACGUGUUCCCCGUGAGCAGGGUCCUUGCAUUUUGCGCUCUCGCCGAUGCCGGAGACAUUCGAUAUGCCCACGUUCUUUUCGACCAAAUUGAGGAACCCAAUACUUACAUGUGGAACACCAUGAUCAGAGGCUAUCGUAAAGCCCAAAUUCCCACCGUGGCUUUCUCCUUCUUUGUUCGAAUGCUUCGAGAACACGUUGAAAUGGACUGCAGGAGCUUCGUUUUCGCGCUCAAGGCGUGCGAGCAGUUUGCCGGAGUUUUGGAGGGGGAAUCGGUGCAUUGCGUUGUUCGAAAAAUGGGGUUUGAUUCCGAAUUGCUUGUGCGAAAUGGGUUUAUCCAUUUUUAUGCUGACCGUGGUUUGUUGAAACAUGCGCGCUACGUGUUUGACGAAAGUUCUUACAAGGAUGUUGUUACUUGGACCACGAUGAUUGAUGGGUAUGCGACGCAUAGCUGUUCAGAUGCAGCUAUGGACCUAUUCAAUUUGAUGUUGCUCAGUGAUGUUGAGCCCAAUGAGGUGACGUUGAUUGCGCUGCUUUCAGCUUGCUCUCAGAAGGGUGACCUUGGUAUGGGGAAAAGCAUUCAUGAAAAUAUAGAAAAGAAGAAUAUGAGGUGCAGCUUAAGUUUACACAAUGCCUUGUUGGAUAUGUAUAUAAAAUGUGGUAGUUUGAUGGAUGCUAGAGAGCUUUUUGACCGAAUGGAAACUAGGGAUGUUUUCUCAUGGACUAGCCUGGUUAAUGGGUAUGCUAAAUGUGGAGACUUGGAAUCUGCAAGGUGGUUUUUUGAUCAAACUCCUCAGAAAAAUGUGGUCUCCUGGAAUGCUAUGAUUGCGGGAUAUUCUCAGAAUAACAAACCCACGGAAUCAUUAAAAUUGUUUCAUGAAAUGAUUGGGGCAGGGUUGAUUCCAGUUGAGCACACCUUAGUGAGUGUACUCUCUGCUUGUGGCCAACUGAGUUUCUUGAAUUUGGGUUAUUGGAUUCAUCAAUAUUUUGUCAACGGAAAAAGAGUGCCCCUUAGCGUUACUCUGGCAAAUGCAAUUAUAGAUAUGUAUGCCAAAUGUGGAAGCAUAGAUGCAGCAGCAGAAGUCUUUAGUGCAAUGUCAGAGAGAAACCUGAUUUCUUGGAAUUCUAUGAUUGCAGGGUAUGCUGCUAAUGGUCGAGCAAAGCAAGCUGUCAACCUGUUUGAUCAGAUGAGAUAUAUGGAACUUAAGCCGGACGAUAUUACAUUUGUGAGUUUGUUGACAGCUUGCAGUCAUGGUGGGUUAGUUUCUGAAGGUCAAGAAUAUUUUGAAACCAUGGAAAGAAACUAUGGGAUAAAACCCAAAAGGGAACAUUUUGCAUGCAUGAUUGACCUACUAGGUCGAACUGGGCUCCUGGAAGAGGCAUACAAGUUAAUAACAAAUAUGCCAAUGCAACCUUGUGAGGCUUCUUGGGGUGCCCUUCUAAAUGCUUGUAGAAUGCACGGCAAUGUUGAGCUUGCUAGAUUGUCGGCUUGUAAUCUUUUAAGCUUGGAUCCAGAAGACAGUGGAAUAUAUGUGCUGCUGGCAAAUAUUUGUGCUAAUGAGAGAAAAUGGGGUGAUGUAAAGUGGGUGCGAAGUUUGAUGAGAGACAAGGGUGUGAAGAAGAAUCCUGGUCAUAGCUUAAUAGAGAUAGAUGGUGAAUUCAAAGAAUUUUUAGUGGCCGAUGAAUCACACCCUCAAUCUGAGGAGAUCUAUAAAGUACUGGAUGAAAUAUUUUUGUUAUCAAAAUUGGAAGACUGUAACUGUGAGUUAUAGUCUUUCAAUGGUGGAAUCACAUCUCUCUCUUAGACAUUCCCAGGAAAAACAACUAACAACCUAAAACCUUGUCUUGCGAAUAAUAUUUGAUGCUUGUGGUGAAUCUGAUACUAAAAUGGGUGGUGAAUGGGGCUGGUCUUCUGUUAAGUCCAAUGAUUUGCUUAAACUAUAACGAGUAGUACUUGUAUUGCUGUUCAUACUGACAAAGAGGAUUCCAUAUGGUAGUUUACUUCAGAAAAUGGUAUAUAUUCCUGUUUGCACUUCUGUGAGCCUUUGCGGGAGGGUAUUUGGUUUAUAUAUUUCAUUUGUAGCAUAGGCAUAGAGCUAUUAGCUUCUGACCAUACGUUCUACUGGGGAUGGAUGGUUACACCUAGCAACUGAGGCUAGAAACCAUAUUUUGUGUGUGACAUUUCUAGGAUAAUUUGAGAAAGUAUUCUUUAAGAUUUUGUUGUUGUCAUCAUUAUUGGGAGGAAUAGCUUACUCGGCAACUAUUGGGUAAAGGCUUCGUCCAAGGUCAACUUGCUUCAAGUGUUUUAUUCAUUGAACUGUUACAUAGUUUUUUUGUAUCAAGGUUGUUCCUUUCCAAAAACCCAUAUAAGUUUCUCAUAGUAAAAUGUAACCCAGUAUCCCCCUCUGUAAUAUUA